CCUGAGCUCUUUCCCUGAACAAAGUUCCCUAGGGAGGAUUUAAUUUUAGGGAAUCCAGCUAAUUCUCUGUAAAGCAAUUUUGGAUUUUGCAUAGGAAAAACUGUUUUACCUAAGAAAAAUGUGGACCAUAACUGUGUGUUAAAGCUGCAAAUUACAUAUAACCUCUAGAGUUAGACAGGGAACAUCUGGAGAGCAAGCCCUCCUCAGAGAGGCUUAAAGUCGAGCAGCUGGACAGAGUGAGUAGUCAGAAGUUGCUCUGUGCUGAAGUAGAGGAUGAAUUCUGCUCUUGUUCUUCGUGCUCUGGCCCAACUGUUGUUGCUGGCUACUAUUAUUCAUACUCAGCCCCACUACUUCCAUGGAGAGGAGUGGGUCAACGCAUGGCGCCAGGGCUUUAACUUUCAGUGCCAUCAUGGCGAGGCACUGGUGGCCAUCAAGAGCUACUUCAGCGAGGAAGAGGGCUCGGACCGUCUGUGGAGCUUUGAAUGUCAGCCGACCCCUACCACCCUUGGAGAACCCAGUGCAUGUUGGUGGGAUGAUCUCAACCUUGCUGGCAUGGAGUGGACCUCCACAUGUAGUGACAAUGGUAUAGUGGCUGGAGUGCAGAGUCAGUACUUUCCUUCUACUCUGGACAGAGAGUGGCGAUUCUACUGUUGCCGCUACAGUAAAAGAUGCCCUUAUUCCUGUUGGAAGACCUCUGAUAUUCCAGAGUACUCCAAAGAAGAGGGUGAAUUGGUCGUCCCUGCUUAUGGCUACUUCAUCCGGGGAGCUCAGACCACCUUUAGUGGGGUGGUCAGGGACCGCCAGUGGAAGUACAUCCUGUGCAGGAUGACAGACCAUGAUUGUGAAUUUCAGAAUUUAUAAAUCUGGAAUUUGUUAAGCACCAAACUCAAAAAAAAAAAAUAAAGUCCACAUAAAUAGCCACGGACUUAUACAAGUAUACGAUUGCAUAUGUAAUACAAGUAAAAAUUUUAUAACCCAGGAAUUCAAAUGGUUCAUUUCUAUGUGAUAUGUUUUGACAUUUUAUGUAAUCUUGCAUGGUUUAAGAGGCUCAUCUUGAUUUAAAUAAUAUCAGUAACAUCAAUUAAAAACAAUGUAAUUUCUUUACAUACAAUUUGUUUCUUCUAUAUUUUAGUGUAAAGCUUUAAUAAAAAAAACAGAUCAAAGCACUGCAAAUGGCGUGUAGUUUUGACAUCUGCAUCACCUAUAUUGACAAAAGAAAGUUAUUGCAGUGUAUCUUGUUUUGUCUUAGAUGUUUAAAGCAGCUAUAUAACAACCAAUAAAGCACUUUCCCCCUGA